CAAUUGUUCCUGGUAGUUGUGAUGAGUGUAGUAUAUCAGGAGAUUCAUCCAACGCAGAGUUCUAUCUAACUAUAGAACCAAUAAAAGCAGACCAUAUAGGAACAUGGAGAUGUGGGAAUAUAGAGCUAUCACCUCGGUACUAUGAAACUGAUAUAAUUGUGCAAGAAUCAGCAACCAUCAUUACAUCACCAUCUGACCAGACAGUAAAUGAAGAUGAAUCUGUCACAUUUGAGUGUACAGCUAAUGGUGUACCUGGUGUUACAUACACAUGGCAGAAAGACAGCACUGAUAUUGAUAUAGGUGGUAGAUAUGCAGUGACUGAUGGAUCAUUGACAAUAUCUAAUAUUGAGAAAUCUGACUAUGGUACAUACACUUGUAUUGCUGACAAUGGUGUAGGGUCAGGUGACUCAAAAUCAGCUGUUCUGACAGUUAAUUUUAAACCGAAUACUGUUAGUUUAAGUGGCUAUACUGGUGCUGUUACCAGUGGUAGUAAUCUACUGUUAACCUGUGCAACAACAACUAGUAACCCAUCAGCAACUAUACUGUGGUACAUGAAUAAUAAUAUAAUAGAUGAUAACGAUGAUAAUAUCAAUAUUGGGUCUCUAACUGAAGCUAAUGGUGACUACAAUGGCAAGAUAUCAGAACAACAAAUAACAAUAACAACAAGAGCUGAAGAUAACCGAGCAGAGUAUAAGUGUAAAGCAAGGAAUUCACAAGUCACUGGAUAUGUUAAUUCAAAUAUUGAAACCAUUACAGUGUACUAUACUCCUUUUCCAGUGAAUGAAACCCAAAAUGAACAGUCAAGAGCUAAUGAAGGUGAAACCGGAGAACUACGAUGUCAGAUUAACAGCAAUCCUACCUCUACAUUACAAUGGUUUAGUCCGAAUGGAUCUGUACUCAUCAGCAAUGACAGAAUUACAAUAUCUAGUUCUACACAAGGAACAUUACAUGAAAGCAUAAUUACAAUUAGUAAUGCUCAAUCUGGUGAUUAUGGUAACUACACGUGUUUUGCUGAAAGCGACUUUGCAAAUGCAACAUUUAUAGUUAUGUUUGAUGGAAAAACUCAGCCACCAGGCAAUGUUGAUAGUAGUAGAUCAACACAUACUAACGCUGCAGUAUACGUCGUGCCAAGUGUUAUCCUUAUUUUGUUGGCGAUUACGGUUGUACCUGUUAUAAUAAUUUUGAAAAGAAGAAGUCAACAUGGAAAAAACACAGACGACACAGUUUUGGAUGAUAAAAGAUACGAAAAUGUUGCUGUAGAAAAUAAGUUUGAAUCUAAUAAGAACUCCGAGGAAGCCUAUGAAUCUAUUGAGAAAAUCUGUUUCACUAAAAAUGAAGUAAAAGAAGAAGAAUAUGCAAAACGUUCAUUUGACAAGAAUGAAGUUGUUUACAUGAAAUCAAGACAGAAGACAAUCGAAUUUCCAAGAGACCAUGUUUGUAUCAAGAGUAUUAUUUCGAUUGGGAAGUUGUAUGACAUCAGUAAAGCAGAUGCAUGGAAUAUUAAUGGCGUCUCUGGACAUUCUAACGUAGUGAUUAAGAAGAGUAGUAACGGCGAUCCUCUGAUAGAAAAUGACAUUGUGAAGGAAAUAGAAAUACUGCAAUCAAUACGUGGACACAGUAAUAUAAUUCGAAUACUUGGAUGUUGUACAGAAAAAGGUGGGUAA